UGCAAGUGCAAGAGCCGUUUUUCAAUCGUGUCUGAUCCUGAUUGUGUCGCUGAUUUCGAUAUUUUACAUCGUGAAUAGAAGCUGUUGUGUGUGUCUCGGAUAUCCGAAAAUCCAAGAAGAAUAAAUAUAAAUGCGGCAUUAUGAAUGAAGAAAAACCGUGUACACACAAAAAAUACUUAUACAAAGAAGUAUUGCUGUAAUAUGAUCAUAAAAAAUUCGUAUAAAAAGAGGAUUUUAAUAUUAAAUUUUAUAUUAACAAAGUAAAAUGGAAAACAGAAAAUUGCAUAUGUUUUCAUACAGUUGCGGAAACAUCUCAUGCAGAGAGUAAAGCAAGCAACAAAAAAUCUUGCAAAAGUAGCAUCGAUUGAGAGAUUGAGAAACAGAAUUAUUGCGUCCAAUAAUAUCUUUCCAGACGAAGAGUAUAUGAAUGUACAUAUCAGUGAUGGGAACUCUAUCUCAGAUAAAAGUCCACUUAGAAUUAAUAUAUCAGAUAAUAUAUCAGAAAUAAAUGAAGCACAAGAUAUUAAUAUUUCUCAAGCAGCCAUCUUGGAAAACGCUGAAAAUGGAAGGGAACAAAGAAUAUAUAAUGAACAAGAUGUAAUUGAAGCGCUUGAUUUGUCAGAUGAUAAAGAUGAUGAAAUUAUAUUGCAAGAUGAAACUGACCAAGAAAAUGAUGCUUCAGAAGAUAGUGAUGAUUAUGAUGAAAAUAUAAAUAAAAAUCAUUUUGACACUGAGGAGCAAAAGGCUAUGUUGCAGAAAAUUUGAGAGAAUGGGCUAUUUAUGAUGGAUAUAUCUCAAAGAAAAAGCUCGAUAAUUUGUUAUUUAGAUUAAACCCAGUCUUUCCAACUUUGCCAAAAAGUUAUAAGACAUUGCUGCGUACACCCAAACAUCUUGACGUCUGUAUACUUCCUGAUGGAUCAAUGUUGUGGUAUAAAAGAAUUGUAAGAAAUUUAGAUGCAAUGUUGUUGGAUGAAUAUUUGGACAAAUAUGGUAACAUAACUAUUGAUGUUAACAUAGAUGGGUUGCCCGUAACAAAAAGUACACGUUUAAAAUUUUGGCCAGUGUUGGGUCGUCUUGUACACACAGAUAACGAUCCAUUUCUGAUUGGUUUGUACGUUGGUGAAUGGGAUCCGAUUGAUGUGCACUCUUAUCUGAAUGAUUUUGUCGCUGAAGUAGAAUACCUUUUAAAACAUAGAUAUAUGCGCAACGGUGACAGAUAUCCAUCCAUUUUAAGAAAUUUUUUCUUGGAUGCUCCUGCACGCUCUCUUGUGAAGUGUUGUGUAGGUCAUAAUGGUUACGGUGCAUGUGAAAAAUGUACUGUUGUUGGACAAUAUAUCAUUGAUCGUAUGAUCUUUUUGGAUCUGGAUGCCCCACUACGCACAGAUGAAUCUUUUAGAAAUCAAGAUGAUCAAUUGCAUCACAUUGGAGUGACUAUUUUACUUAGAAUUGCAAAGAUGUUUAUUGUUGUGAAAUUUUUACCAACUCAGGAAGAUGAUGACCUUUAUUAUGAGGUUGCUCUGGCCAAAUGGAUAGUACAAAUUGAUAAAAAUAUGAGUGAAAAAAUUUUUUGGCCAAAGAAUGAUGCAAUAGCGGGCAAGUUAGUGCGUUCCGAGACAAGAGCAAAUGAAACUUGGCCACAAUUAGAAGUAGAAGUUAAAAAAUAUUAUGAAACGUAUAUUGCUGCCAGAAAUGUCGCAAUGGGCUUUGAAGAGUUUGCAUCUGCCUAUGAAAGUGAUUCAGGCUGUCAAAUGGGCAGAGGCAUGAGAAGAAAGCGAUUUAUGAAUCUAGUCUCAUCUGACGAUGAUUCAUCUAGCUCUGAUACUAAAAAGUGCAAGCAGGAUAAGUCAAGGUCAAAAAUACCAACUGCUCCUCUUCCACCACCUCCUCCUGCUGGUCUAUCUUUUUUAAGGAAGUCUUUAAAUAUUGCCUCAAAGGAGAAUAUUACUCCGCUGACAAUUGUUUCUAACAAGAAACAAAGCAAAACAGCUAUCCCACCUUCAGCAGCACCAAUUACAGCCGGUACUAGGCAGAACAAGUUACUGCACAAAAUUAUUAAUCUCAGGCAGCAGGCAGCUGAUAAGGCACAGCAACGAAAAAAAGCAAUGUCUUUGGAAAAUAUACGUAAUCACAUUAAGCACAAUCCGCGAUACAAUAGUGCACCCGCAACUUGGCGGCCCACGCGCUCGCGCGUCCGCGCGUAGUUCCGGGCGACGCCACUACGCGGCGUAGGUCGAGCGAGCCAACCUGGAAGUAGAAAGCGGUCAAACGGGGAUAUAAGGCGGACCCUCUGCGGAGAAAUCGUAUAUUUGUUUUUAACAACUGAGUUUCAAUUGCAGAAACACCGAUUCAAUAAUUGAUUGUGACUCAUGAUAAAAGCAAAUCCGACU